AUGUGCCACCUUUGCAACAUACGUAACACAAUACACGCUACGUCUUACAUCGAAAAUAUGAUGAAUUGUUUGUUUAGCGUUUUUCUAUCUCACUUUUUCUCAUACAUUGCGUACCUCAUUAUUUUGCUCAAUUUGAUCCAAUGGUGCGCGAGUCUCUUCGAUUUCUACGCAUAUGUGAACACGGAGAUAAAAAUAAAUUAUACUCACACACCAGCGCACAUAUGAUUCGUACACAUGUGUGUAGAAACAAAUACAAAUCGAGUGAUGGUUUUCGGAUGUUUGCGUGUAUGUAACACAAACACCAGCAAAAUAAAUCAUUAUUCAAAGCAUAUCCAAUUAUAUAUUCAAUAAAAGAAGUGCGAUGUAUCUGAACGUAUAUCAGUUUUGAGUUUGUCGGCGAACGUGCCGCUUGAGCUGACUGAAAAAUGAUACGAUUAUCUCAUAAAGGCAUUAUAAUACAAAUUAUACAAUACAAGGUUUUUUAUCUCUUCUACAGAGACUUGAAAUCGUCAUUGCAACAAGUGAAAACUGAUUCGAAUAAAAUAAUCAACGAAAAAAUGACCCAAAUACAUUUCUGUGAUAAAUUUUAGCUUACCGUGCUUAGUUUUAGUGAGUAAUGUGAAAUUGGAUAGUGGAAUUUGCAUUAACGUGAGCCGAACUAUUCUAAAAAUACGAACUAGACCUACGUUUCGUCGUCUAAUUUUGGACAAAAACAAAAUAAAAAGUGGGGAAUUCACAGAUUUCAAGCAGUAAUAAUAAUAGUGAAUGUGAUCGAAUUUUGAAAAAAUAAUAAAUCUUUAAAACGAAUUUGAUAGUUAGUGCACAAUAAAUUGACUUGUGAAAAUGGAGUCAACGCAACGAAAACUACCGCCAAAUCCGCGUGAGAAGACGAAUUUUCUAUCUGUGUGUUUGUUCGCAUGGACCAUUCCAUUGUUCAAAAAAGGCUAUCGCAAAGUAUUACAAUUGGAUGACAUCUUUCAGCCGUUGAAAGAUGAUCGAUCUGAAUUGCUGGGUGACCGUUUGGAAGUAAAUUGGAAAAAGCAACAAGCUAAAUCGAAGCGACCGUCUCUGAUAAAGGCAUUGAUUGCUACACUUUGGAGAGAAUAUGCACUUCUUAGUUUUGUCUGUACAUUCAACGAUAUUGUAUUGCGUUUGGGUCAGCCAUUACUACUUGGGCAGCUGCUGCUUUAUUUUCGUAAAGAUUCAACGAUGACAUAUGAGGAUGCUCUAAUGUACGCAUGUGGAAUUGUAAUUUUAAACGCGCUCAAUACCAUAUUGGUGAAUCAAUUUGUUAUGAUUGCCUUCCACAAUGGCAUGAAAGUUCGGGUGGCCGUAUGCAGUUUGAUUUAUCGAAAAGCGUUGCGGUUGUCGCAAACCGCUCUAGGUGAAACAGCGCCCGGUAAAGUCGUAAAUUUAUUGUCAAAUGAUGUGAACCGUUUUGAUUGGGUGACAGUUUUUUUGAAUUCAAUGUGGACAGCGCCUUUGCUAACUCUAAUCGUUGGAGCUUUGCUGUGGGCCGAAAUUGGCUAUGCCGGAAUGAUCGGCAUCGUAAUCGUGUUCAUUGUUGUGCCAAUUCAAAGUUACACCGGUAAAUUAUCAUCGAUAUACCGUUUGCAAACGGCUCUACGUACUGAUGAACGUGUUCGAUUCAUGGACGAGGUUAUAUCCGGUGUUCAAGUGAUAAAGAUGUACGCGUGGGAAAAACCAUUCACCAAAUUGAUCAACUAUGCACGUCAAAUGGAAUUGAAAAUUGUGCGGAAAAGUUCAUAUGUUCGAGCAUUGUACAUGACGUUCAUGCUGUUCACAACCAGGAUGGCCAUUUUUUGUACAAUGUUAGCGAUUACAGUGCUCUAUGGAUCCCAUGAAAUCACUGCCGCCAAAGUGUUUGUAAUCUCGUCAUACUUCGGAAUCAUUGCACACACAAUGUCACAAAUGUUUGUUAGAGGCGUUGCUGAAAUUGCCGAGGUACUUGUGGCGCUGAAACGAUUACAGAAUUUCUUAGAAUUGGACGAGAAGAAAACGCAAAGCAUUUGUGCGGAGAAAAACGGACGUAAUGGACAUGUUGGCGAAAAAGUCGAAUUCGAAAAAAUCUUUGAAGUUGAAGCUGAUCAUGUGGCCCCGAAUAAUGUGUCUGUAUCGAUUAAAAAUGGCACUGCCAGUUGGACAAUGCCAGCAGUUGCGAACCCAUUACAAAAAGGAACUUCAAAACUGCAUAAAGUCGCCCCACAAGCUAGUGAUCUAGCGCCAUGGAAACCGCCCACUCUUACCAAUAUAAACGUCGAUUUUCCAGAAGGAAAACUCAUUGGGAUAAUCGGUCAAGUUGGUGCCGGAAAAAGUUCAUUUUUGCAGGCAUUAUUACGGGAAUUGCCUUUAGAGACCGGUUCGAUUAGUAUAAACGGAUCCAUUUCAUAUGCAAGCCAAGAGCCAUGGGUAUUUGCUGGAUCAGUUCGACAGAAUAUUCUGUUCGGACAGGAUUAUGAUCGUGAUCGAUACGAUGCCGUUAUUAAAACAUGUGCCCUGGUCAAGGAUUUUGAGCAAUUUGAAAAUGGAGAUCGAACAAUUGUGGGAGAUAGGGGAGCAAGUCUUAGUGGUGGUCAAAAAGCUCGUUUGAAUUUGGCACGCUCUUGUUAUCGAAAAGCCGACAUUUACUUGAUGGAUGAUCCUCUAAGUGCUGUUGACGCCCACGUCGGAACUCAUAUUUUCAACAAGUGUAUUGGACCAAAAGGACGCCUAGCAAGAUUAAAUGCCACUCGAAUUUUGGUUACACAUCAAGUGCAUUUCCUCAAAGAAGCCGAUUGGCUCGUCAUUUUAAAAGAUGGACAAAUCGAAGUGCAAGGGACGCCAGCUGAUUUAGCUAAGAGUGGUGUUGAUUUCGCUAAGCUUGUUGGAACAAAUGAAACUGAUAUUGAGGAAAAUCCCGACAAAUUCGGACGCCAAAUGUCGCGGAAAUCAUCAACACGGUCAGCUUCAUCAAGUUCAUUGAAUGGCAGCACAGAUGGUUCUGAAAUUGAUGAAGAAGAAGAUGAAGGGCAAACCCAAGGUUUCGAACUAGAAGCGAGUUCAAAAGGCAAAGUGCACGGAUCGAUUGCUGGCAAUUAUUUCAAAGCCGGUGCACAUUGGUCAAUUUUGUUUUUGUUGGGCAUUUCGUUUUUAAUUGUACAAUUCCUGGCUAGUGCUGCUGAUUAUUGGGUGGCAAUUUGGACAAGACAAGAAGAAAUGCGUGUCUAUCAACGAGAGCAUAACUCAACACAAUCGAAUGAAUUUGAUGUUUCUGACAACACAGUCACCACUCCUCCAGAUACUGCAGAUCUAUCAUAUACUUUGACCACCGAAAUUUGUAUCUACGUGCAUGGCGCUAUAAUGGCAGCCUUGUUCUUGUUCGCCAUCACCAGAUCGAUCAGUUUCUAUUCAAUAUGUGUACGAGCUUCACAAAAUCUUCAUAAUGCAAUGUUCAACGGUCUCAUUUCAACUACGAUGCGAUUCUUCGAUACAAAUCCAUCGGGGCGAAUCUUGAAUCGAUUUUCCAAAGACAUUGGUGCAACCGAUGAAUUUCUGCCAAAAGCAAUGCUUGACGCCACGCAGGUGAUCCUGGCAAUGUUUGGUUCAAUAAUCGUUGCGGCUACAGUCAACAUAUACUUCCUGGUUCCGGUAUUUGUCAUGGGAUUCGUGUUCAUAUUUAUUCGAAAGAUUUAUUUAAAAACAUCGAAAAAUAUCAAACGAUUGGAGGGAAUUGCUAAAUCUCCAGUAUUUACCCACUUGGCUGCUACUCUAUCCGGACUGUCCACAGUUCGAGCGUAUAAUGCCGAACAGAUUCUCAAACAGGAAUUUGAUAAUCAUCAAAACACGCACUCGGCUUGCUGGUACAUGUUUGCGGCUACAAGCUCCGCCUUCGGCCUGAGCUUGGAUUUCAUGUGUUUGAUCUUCAUUUCAUGCAUUAUAUUCUAUUACAUGCUGUAUGAUACAAAUAUAUCAGGCGCUGAGAUUGGUUUGGCUAUUACACAAGCCAUGUCAUUGACGGGCAUGAUGCAAUGGGGUAUUCGUCAAAGUGCCGAAAUUAGCAAUCAAUUGAUGUCCGUUGAACGUGUGCUUGAGUAUCGUGACUUGGAACCGGAGAAACAGCCAAAGAAACCACGUCAAAUUGCUGAUGAUUUUCCAUCGAGAGGAUAUAUCGAAUUUAGAAAUGUAUUCUACAGAUAUUUUGCCGAGGCUGAACCAGUCUUGAGGGGCUUAUCAUUUGUGAUUAAUCCGAGAGAAAAAAUCGGUAUCGUUGGAAGAACUGGCGCUGGCAAAAGUUCAUUGAUCGGUGCCAUUUUCCGUUUGGCGUGCAUUGAAGGUGAAGUUCUUAUCGAUGAUGUCGACACUUCCACACUCCUUUUGAAAGAUUUACGCAAACGAGUCGCAAUCAUUCCACAAGAUCCAGUUCUAUUCUCGGGCACUUUGAGAAGAAAUUUGGAUCCAUUUGAAGAGUAUCCAGACGAUGACAUUUGGAGUGCUCUAGAGAAGGUUGAGUUGAAAGACGUUGCAUCAGGUCCGUUGGGCUUGCACUCGGCAGUGAUGGCGCACGGUUCCAAUUAUUCGGUUGGUCAACGUCAGCUUCUCUGCUUGGCUCGGGCCAUUUUACGGAAAAAUCGCAUUCUUGUAUUGGAUGAAGCUACAGCGAACGUCGAUCCACAAACGGAUCUAUUGAUUCAACAAACGAUUCGCGAGAAAUUCGCCGAAUGCACGGUUUUGACGGUUGCCCAUCGAUUGCACACAAUUAUUGAUUCAGAUCGAGUAUUAGUUAUGGACACGGGAUACGCAGCUGAAUUUGAUGAGCCACACAAAUUAUUACAAAAUCAAACGGGUAUUUUCUACGGUAUGGUUAAAGCACUCGGACCACAAGAGUUCAAUCGUUUAUCGAAGGUGGCACGAGAAAAAUUUUAUCAAGUACGCAGCACUGAUAUCGAAGAGAUUCGCCUCUGAAAAUAAUGACGAGGCCGAAAAAAGCUGACAAUACGCUUCAAGCCCGCACAAAACGUUCCUCCAGCUUUAAUCAUUGGAAUAGAAAUAAAUAUUCAUCUAAAUCCAUAUUUUCAUUCCGCUGCAUCGAGAUCAUCAUGAUUUUUUUUUCACGAUCUGUUUUUUAGAUAGAAGAGUAGAUAAUUCAGGAAAUUGUGUUACCAAAUACUUAUUUACAUGUUAUGAGAACUAUUUUAAUAAAUAUGCAAGUAAAAAAGGAUUAUCAAUAUCAAGAUAUUGAUGAAAAAAGAAAAAAAAGAUCAAAUUGUUUCAAUGCAACGCACACAGAACAACACGAUUAUAAUCAAGAAAGUAGACUCUCUGCAGCGCCGUCGAUUAGUGACGGCGAAAUCAUCUGUAAAUAGCUGGAAGUGAUUUCGACAAAUUGCGAAAUACUGCAUAAUAACACCGAUUAGUACUGAAUUUUGUCGUCAUAGAUCGACGGCGCUGCAGAAUGUCUUGACACCAAUUUUCUAUGAGAUGAUAAGCGUGUGCACAGAACUACUUACGACCAUUUUCUUUCUCUUCUUUAUAUAGUGAUGACGGUUCUAUACCAUCAUUUUCAAACUUUGCAAUCAAAAUGGAACCUUUAAUCUAUUCCGAUUGUCGUUCUUACUGGUGGGCAUGGUAGUCUAGAUGGGAUAAAUUACACCACAAAUUGGCUCGGUAGUACAGUUAGGGAUCCCACACUUCGUGUGAAACUUUUUUCAAUAUGAUGAUUUUGCUGAUGUGAAGAGUGUUAAUGUGAUCGACAUUCAUAAGAUAAGCUUGAAUAAGCUAUCGAAUUACAUCACCGGUGAUUGUCACGUUGUUAUAAACUUCUGCUUUGGACGCAAUGAUGUUUUGCUAGAACAAUUGCUUAAAUUGGAUCCAGUCCCAUCUCAUCUGCUAUACGGCUAAGAGUUUCGUGAACCUCUAAUCUAUACAGAUUGAAAGACCAUAUCUGUUUAUUUCUUCCGCGCUGGAAUUCUAAGUCAUUCCACCAAAAUCGUUCGGAAUAAUUUUUUUCGUACAUAAGACCAUAUUGGAGUGAAAGAGAGAGAUUCCACUAAUUUUCUGGAUACCACCGGAAUUAUUCCGAUAACUAUCACUGUUCCUUGAAAAUCUUAAUAAUUCCGGUGGGAUCCAGAAAAUUAGUGGAAUCUCUCUCUUUCACUCCAAUAUAGUCAGUCUUACGUACAAAAAAAACAAUUCCGCACGAUUUUGGUGGAAUGUCUUAGAAUUCCAGCCCCGUUGAGAAUUUGUUUCGAUUUUCGGUUUAAAAAUGUUGUUUGGUCUUCUUUGCGGAAUGCAUUGGUCUGACAUAGAAAUUGUUUUUGCUUUCAAGUAGAUAAAAUUUAAAAGCAAUAUAAAAUACUAAUGAAUGAUCAACAAAAUUCGCAUUGUUUCCACUGAACAAUAUACAUUCCAAAACGUAUAAACAUUGUUUUAUUGUAACGUCGUGUUGGAUUUUUAUGAAAAUAAAAAUAUGCUGCAUUCCAAC